UAAUGACGGACGGACCUAUUAAUCCAUCAAGAGCACCAGAGGGGUUUGGAAACGUUUGGAUGGAAAUGUUUGCACCUUUUUCUGGUUUUAUACGGAACUACUAAUGCAUAGUUGUGGAUCUCUGCUGGAAUCUCAAUUGUCAGUAUAGUGAAAUGAAUUCAGGGCUGUUGACAUAUUCGCUGUGAUUUUUGCUUCUUUUUUUCCCGCAAAUAUCAAUUUUUUCUUCUGAAAGUAUUCCGAUCUAAAUGGAAUUAGUUGAGAAAGCCCUUUGUGAAAGGAAUAGACAUGGUACAUGGGAACAGGUUCCUUCACGUUGUUGCAGGUCUUCUCAUGCUUGGGUUGUCUGGGGCAACAAAGAAGGAAGCAGUGAAAAACAAUUCAGGAGUGCAGCCGGCAGGGCAGUGUGGAACCUGGGUGAAAGAACCAGAGGGAGGCCUCUUCACCUCACCCAAUUACCCAAACAAAUAUCCUCCAGAGCGAGAAUGCAUCUACAUCAUUGAAGCUCCCCCGAGACAAUGCAUUGAUCUUUUCUUUGAUGAAAAGUAUUCAAUAGAGCCUUCAUGGGAAUGUAAAUUUGACCAUAUUGAAGUCCGGGACGGACCCUUUGGCUUUUCUCCAAUAAUUGGACGCUACUGCGGCCAGCAGAACCCUCCAUAUAUCAGAUCGAGCGGCCGUUACCUAUGGAUAAAAUUUGUUGCGGAUGGUGAAUUGGAAGCGAUGGGAUUUUCUGCAAGCUACAAUUUCACAGCAGAUCCCGACUUUAAAGACGUAGGAGUCCCCAAACCUCUUCCCUUUUGUGAAUUCGAGAUGGGAGGACCUGAAGGCAUCAUUGAAUCGCAGCAGAUCACCAAAGACGGCAAAGCCUUGCAGACUGAGGCAGUGGACUGCAAGUGGUAUAUCCGUGCCCCUCCUCGCUCCAAGAUCUACUUGCGUUUCCUAGACUACGAGAUGCAGAACUCCAAUGAGUGUAAGCGUAAUUUUGUGGCGGUGUACGACGGCAGCAGCUCGGUGGAAGACCUGAGGAAUAAAUUCUGCAGCACGGUGGCCAAUGACGUCAUGCUGGUGUCCGCGCUGGGCGUGGUCCGCAUGUGGGCCGAUGAGGGCAGCCGAAAGAGCCGCUUCCGGAUACUCUUCACUACCUUCCAAGAGCCUCCCUGUGAGGCAGAUACUUUCUUUUGCCACAGUAACAUGUGUAUCAACAACACGCUGGUGUGCAACGGAAUCCAGAACUGCGUCUACCCUUGGGAUGAAAACCACUGCAAAGAAAAGCGGAAAGCCAACAUCCUGGACAACCUCAACAACACCAACGGCACCAUCAUCGGCGUUACAUGCUGCAUCGUACUGAUCCUACUGGUCGUAUCGGUCAUCGUCCAAAUCAAGCAGCCGCGGAAGAAGUACAUCCUGAGGCGGGAGGACUUUGACCCCACCAUGUUCCAGGAGGUGUUCCAGGAGCCGCCGCAUUACGAGCUCUGCACUCUCCGCAGCGCGGCGGCCACCUCCGCAGACCUGGCCGAGCUGGCCGAGGACUUUGAGAGCUACCACAAGCUCCGGCGCGCCUCCUCGCGUUGCGUUCACGAGCAUCACUGCGGCUCCUCGCAGCUGCCCAGCAACAAGGGCAGCCGCACCAACCUGAGCGCCCGCGAGGCGACAGCCGCCAUCCUGACGGACCUCCCGCCGCAACCCAUGCGGCCGCUUCCUCCCCAAACCAACCGCAGGAACAUUCUGGUAAUGAGACACACCUACUCACAAGAUGCCGCUGAUGCCUGUGACCUGGACGAUGACCUGGAGGAAGUGCCCACCACCAGCCACAGGCUGUCCAGACAUGAGAAAGCAGUGCAGCGGUUCUGCCUCAUUGGGUCUCUAAACAAACAUGAAUCUGAGUACAACACAACUAGGGUGUAACAGACAAUCUGAAGACUUCUUGAAAAUAGUGCAAUCCUGGAUCAGUACGAACGGGCUUCAAUGAAAUAUGAAAAUGUGGACCGGAGAUAUACACCAGCAUGAUAAUAACAUGGACAUUUUAAAGACAAAUUUAUCAAAACAACCUGCAGAUGUAAAGGAGGACGUGGAUUCGGUAACAAAAGAAGUGACUGUGAUGAAAUCGCUUUAACGUGUAGCUCCUAAUUUAGGCUCAUUGCCUUUGUUAUGGUUACUUAUUGAGGAUUGCAGAACAUUACAUGAAUAGAUGUGAAUUAGGCCUUUCAGGACUGUUGUAGUGCAUGCGUUUUAUUGUCAUGUUUUGCCACCAAAAGUUGUCUUUUUAUUUGUCAAAACACUUUUAUUUAAGAUGUCGGAUAUUUGUGACUUUCAGCAAACACUUUCUAUUCACAUAUUUGUCAAAUUCACUUUAAUGUUAAGAUUUGCAUGCAUGUUUUCUUUCUCAUUUUUAAAGUGAGUGACUGUGCAUUUAGGUGCAGCAUCGAACCCAAGACUAAUUUAUUGUAGAUAUGUUUAAUUACAAAAAAUAUAUAUAUAACAAAUGGAAUGACACUAAGCCCUUCCCUCCCCUAGUUUACUGCUAUACUUACUAACU